AUGUGUUCUAAUUUACCGUACUGGAAGAAUGACAAUUGCUCGAACAUUGACCGAUCAUUUAAAAAGGUAAACUCGCAUAAAAGUAAUAAUAAUCAAUCGUUGCUAUCGUCAUCUAGUGGCAUUUCGCAAGAGACUCUCAAUCAAAGUGUUGGUGGAUCAUCGCGUGCAAAUUCUCUACCACGUCCGCUUUCGCCAUCCCCAUCAAUUGCCAGUGAUAAGCAUGACCAUGGUGAUCCGCAUGAAAAGCACGAGCGCGAGGAAGAGGAACGUAAGCGACGCAUUCAACUGUAUGUGUUUAUAUCCAGAUGCAUAUCAUACCCGUUUAAUGCAAAACAACCCACGGAUAUGACGAAAAGGCAACCGAAAAUAACCAAACAGCAAUUAGAAAUAAUCACACAAAGAUUUCAGGUAACUAUAAAUUCUAGAAACCAAACCAUUAAGAUCUGGGCUUAA